CGUAGGGGGGUGGAGGCGGAAGUGGCGGCGCCGGCCCCGGGAGUAGGAAGGAGCCGGGGCUGCAGCCGGAGUGGAGCGGCUGCCAGCCGAGGAGCAGGCGCGGCCGCGGCGCCAUAUUGCGGCCCCAAGCGGCCGCGACCGAGUCAUGGCCGAGACUUACGACUUCCUCUUCAAAUUCCUGGUGAUUGGCAGUGCGGGAACUGGCAAAUCAUGUCUCCUUCAUCAGUUCAUUGAGAAUAAGUUCAAACAGGACUCCAACCACACAAUCGGCGUGGAGUUUGGAUCUCGGGUGGUCAACGUGGGUGGGAAGACUGUGAAGCUCCAGAUUUGGGACACAGCCGGCCAGGAGCGGUUUCGGUCGGUGACACGGAGUUACUACCGAGGGGCAGCUGGAGCCCUGCUGGUGUACGACAUCACCAGCCGGGAGACGUACAACUCACUGGCUGCCUGGCUGACGGACGCCCGCACGCUGGCUAGCCCCAACAUCGUGGUCAUCCUCUGUGGCAACAAGAAAGACCUGGACCCUGAGCGUGAGGUCACUUUCCUGGAGGCCUCCCGCUUUGCCCAGGAGAAUGAGCUGAUGUUCCUGGAGACCAGCGCCCUCACGGGUGAGAACGUGGAAGAGGCUUUCCUGAAGUGUGCCCGCACCAUCCUGAACAAGAUCGACUCAGGCGAGCUCGACCCCGAGAGGAUGGGCUCAGGCAUUCAGUACGGGGACGCCUCCCUCCGCCAGCUGCGGCAGCCUCGGAGCGCCCAGGCCGUGGCCCCUCAGCCCUGUGGCUGCUGAGACGUGUGUGCGGAGCCAGCUCACCCGUUCUUCAGGACCUGCCCUGCCCUUCUGGCUGGGGCCCAGAUCCAGGCCCUGGGAGGCCGAGCCCCUCACCUGUCCUGGCCCCAGAGAAGCUGCCCCGCCACCUGUCCCCCUUCCCUGGCCUGGUGGGGCCUGGCUGAGGGGCAAGACUGAGCCACCAGGGAAGGGGGAGCCCAUACCUGCUGCUGCUUCCUCUGUCUUGGCUAACCCCUGUCCCCCUGGAACCCUUAACCAUAUUCAAAGAGUUCCCAAAGCCUGAGACCAAGGCAUUUGGCCCCAGCUCCCCGCCAUUGCGAGUACGUGUUAUUUAUUGCCUGGAGGCCUGUCCAGUCCCCACUCCACCCCCAUAAAGCAUUGUUUACACCUGU